AUGUCAUUUGAAAAAAAAACGAACUUGAGUAGUAGAACUACUAGAAGACGAAUACAGGAAGAAGUUAAAAAUAAUUUUAUUAUUACUUCUGAUACUUCGUCAUUGCUUGAUAUAAUUCCAGAACUCAAUUCUAAUUUUAAUAUUUCUCAAAUCGGUGAUCCUUUACCUGAAUUAUCAGCUGAUUAUUUGAAUGUAAAUAAUGUAGAUCCUAUAAAUUAUAAUAAUAGUAAUUCUAAUUUACAGUUAGAUUUUAAUUUAAGUUCAUCCAGUAUUUUUGAGUCAAACGGGGAUUGUUCCUCCAAUGAAAGUUGUACUGAUUAUGAUGAAUUAUCAAAUUUUAAAUUACUAAUUAGGAAAUGGGCAGUAGAGUUUAACAUUCCUUUAAUUGCACUUAAUAGUUUAUUAUGUAUACUUAAAAGUCAUAAAUGCUUCAAUUCAUUACCAAAAGAUUCAAGAACAUUAAUGCAUACUAUACCAGCUAUAGAUCAUUCUCGUUUACAUAUUGUUGAACCAGGUACAUACUAUCAUUUUGGGAUUACAAAUGGUAUAUUACAAAAUAUUCAAAAAUCUCCAAGUGACAGUGGUCUUAUUGAUAUUAUAGUAGGUGUUGAUGGGUUGCCAUUAUUUAAAAGUAGUCCUAAACAAUUUUGGCCAAUAUUGGCUUAUUUACGUCCUGAUAGUGACAAAGUUUUUCCUAUAGGAAUUUAUUGUGGCCAAGAAAAACCUGGAAAUAGUAACAUUUUUUUAAAUAAGUUUAUUGAAGAAGCCAAGGCAUUGGUUGAAAAUGGUUUAAAUAUUGAUAAUACAUUUUACAAAGUUUCUUUUAAUACAUUUGUAUGUGACGUGCCGGCCAAGUCCUUUCUUCUUAACAUUAAGGGUCACUCCGGAUUUUAUUCUUGUACGAGGUGUGAACAAGAUGGGGAAUAUAGGUUAAAUCGUGUGUGUUUUCCUUAUAUAACUCCACCAAAUCGUCCACCUAAACGAACACAUGAUAAUUAUGUUAAUUUUCUAAUGAGGAACAUCAUGUGGGUAAUAUUUCAAUGCUAUAUACUAUUCCUGAUUUAA